UGGGCUACCAUCUAUAUAUCGACAGUCGAAAUGCGGCGGGUGGUCACAGAUAUGAGAGUUUUGGCGGUCUGUCUGGCGGUGUCCUUCGCCGUGCUUCUGGCAUUGCCAGAAAGCUCAGGUGCUCCAGCUUGUGGCUGUGGAAAAAAAGUUGGCGUACGUGGAAGACUCAGAGGUGGUGUGAGGGUGAGAUGGGUGAACUUAGGAAGUCUGGUCGGAAGGCCUACCAGAAACUAUGGUGAGACGGACAUUAAUUUCUACUUGAGGAUCUUCAAAUUCGGUCGCAGUCGACGAGCCUUCUACAGCAAAGUCUUCCAACCGUUCAAGGAUGAGGACGAAUCAGAUUACGUGAAAAGAAUCAAUUUUAUCUUCACUCGUGUCUAUCCCAAGCUGGACUGCAGGUAUAACCGGAAGUAUGCUGCCUACUUGGAUAAGUACUACACUGCCUUGUACGCGCGUCGCGAGGAUGAGUCCGAUGAGGAAUGGUUCACUCGUGUGCUUACAAGGACCAAUGAGGACGAUGAUGAAUAUUUGGCCAAGGUUGAGAACCUCAAACAGUUCUUCACUGAUGUUGACUGGAAAAAGGUCCAAAUUGAUGUUAAGUCAAAGACAGGUUUCAUCUUUCUUUCUUCCGAUUCCAGUGGCUCAUCCUCUAGAUCUGUUGAAGACGAUUCAGACAGCUGUGAUACUAUAACAGAAGAUGAGAUCAAGAAAUACUUUGCUAAACUUGAAACUGAAGAUACUAACACAUAUUACAACAGGAUCAUCUCAAGGCUCUCCCUUAGAAGGAGAUACCUCAAGAAUUAUGUUUUAUCAUUGACUACUCUCCGAAGAUACUAUCCAGGUCUUGCUAUAUGGUAUAGCCCCAGGUACAUCAAUAUUCUUAGAGACUAUUACAGCAACCUAUACUCUAGACUUUCAGGUGAGUCUGAUGAACAGUACUAUCAGCGUAUUGUUACAAAAGAGAACUACGAAACAGAUGAACAAUGCGCCCAGAGAAUUGAAAUCGUUCGGGAAUUGAUGCCCAAUCUUUCUUUGUGGUAUAAUACUAAAUACUUUGGACUAGUCAGGCAAGCAUAUCGGCUCCUAUACAGAAAACUGUCAACAGAGGAUGAAACUACUUACUUCAAGAGACUUAUCGCAAGAACCUCUGAUGAGACAGAUCUUGUCUACGUGAACAGGCUUGGACUCAUCAAGCAGACUUGCAUCUCUCUGCCUUUAUGGUACAGCAAGCAAUAUUUGGACUUGACCAGGAACUUUUAUAUAACUCGAUACACUAAAGGAUCUUCUGAAUCAGACGAAUCAUUGUUCCAGCGAAUUAUUACCAAGGAACCUGGUGAGACAGACGAGCAAUGUUAUCAGAGAGUUGGUUUGGUACGUCAACUCUUCCCUAAUUUGGCGUUAUGGUACAGUACCAAGUAUUUCAGCCUCACAAAGAACUUCUAUCAAACUCUGUAUCAAAAGUUGGACAGUGAAGAUGACACCACUUACUUUAAGAGGAUUACACUUAGGCUUUCCGACGAAAGUGAUACUGUCUACAUUAACAGACUCUGCCUUGUCAAGAGAACAUUUGCCCAUUUGCCUCUUUGGUACAGUACACAAUAUCUGGAUCUUAUUAGAAAUUACUAUGUCACUUUAUAUACCAAAUCAUCUUCUGAAUCAGACGAGUCUCUGUUUAAGCGUAUUGUUACAAAAGAGGACGAAGAAAGUGAUGAAGAGUGUGUCAAAAGAGUCAGCUUGGUUCGCCAGUUAUUCCCUAAUCUUUCUCUAUGGUAUGACACUAAAUAUUAUAAUCUCACAAAGAGAUUCUACUACGAUCUGUACCAAAAGUCAACAAGUGAAGAUGAAAUCUCUUACUUCCAACGGAUUACAAAGCGUCUUACCGAAGAAAGUAAUUCAGUCUACAUAAAAAGGAUUUCCCUGAUCAAAAAGACAUUGAUCAAUUUGCCUCUAUGGUACAGCACACAAUACCUUGACAUUGUAAAGAAUUAUUACAGUGCCUUGUACACUAGAUCAUCUUCUGAGAGUGAAGAAUCCUUCUUCAAGCGGAUCGUAACAAAGGAAGAUGAUGAGAGUGAUGAACAAUGUAAGCAAAGAAUAAGCAUUAUAAGGCAGUUGUACCCAAAUCUUGCUUUGUGGUAUGACGCAAAGUACUACAGUCUUACCAAGAGUUUCUACCAGUCCUUGUACCAAAAAUUGAGCAAUGAGGAUGAAACAACAUAUUUCAAGAGAAUUACUACUAAACUUUCUGAUGAAUCUGAUGUAGUGUUUAUCAACCGGCUCUCUCUGAUUAAGAAGACUUAUAGCGGUCUUUCGUUGUGGUACAGCAAGGAUUAUUUGGAUAUUGUUAAGCAAUACUAUAUUGCUAAAUAUACUAAAGGUUCUUCAGAAACAGAAGAAUCACAGUACUAUCGUAUUGUGACCAAGGAAGUAGAAGAAUCUGACGAACAAUGUGCACAAAGAGUUCAAGUCAUACAAUCAGUGUUCCCCAAUCUAUCUUUGUGGUAUGAUGAAAAAUACUAUGAUUUGGUUAAGAAGUUCUACCCGAUUUGGUUUAAAAAAUUGUCAUCUGAGGAUGAUACCGCGUACUUUAAAAGGAUUACUACAAAGUCCACUGAGGAAACAGAUGAAGUCUACGUCAACAGACUGGCCUGCAUCAAGCGCUCAUUCAGCGGUUUGAAUUUAUGGUACAGCAAACAGUUCUUGGAUGUGACAAGGAGCUAUUACAUCGCUAGGUAUACAAAGGCAUCAACUGAAACUGAGGAAUCACUCUACCAACGAAUUGUGACCAAGGAAUCUGGGGAAAACGAUAACCAGUGGGUCAAGAGAGUCGAGCUUGUUCAUCAACUGUAUCCUAACUUGGCUUUGUGGUCUGAUGUUAAGCAUUAUGAAUUGAUCAAAACAGUAUAUCAGAGUAUCUACAAAAAGUCAACAUCUGAAGAUGAGGUCACUUAUUUCAAGAGGAUCACCACUCGAUGUGCCCACGAAACCGAUGCCGUCUACCUUGGCAGGAUGACCCUCAUUGAAAACACCUUCAGCAGCCUUUCGUUAUGGUCAAGCGUUGAGAACCUGAGCAUCAUCAAGUCAUUCUAUUCCUUGAAGUAUGCUAAGCAGGCAGGAGAAACCGAUGAAGCCUACUUUACUCGCCUGGUGGCCAAGGAAACAUGUGAUGUCUCAGACGAAGUUUACGUCAAGAGGCUGUAUCUAGUACAACUACUAACCUCUUCUAGCACCCUGUGGUAUGAUGCCCAGUACUAUGAAAAGUACACCAAGACCUUCUACUCUCUGUACUACAGCAAGCUGCAGAGUGAGAGCUGCGAUGGAUGGCUGUCUCGAGCCAUCACUCUGCUACCAGGAGAGACCAACGAGAACGCCAUCAAGAGAGUCAUUCUGAUCAAACGGGCUUCUGGAAACUGUGGUUGCUGGACUCUGGACGCCCUAAGCAAAGUCGAGGCUUCUAAAUCAUUCUCUGCCGAGUACAUCUCAUUGAUAAGGAGCACUUUCUUCGCUGCUUCCUACAGCAGAACUGCCUCUUCUUCUUCGUCAUCUUCUAAGUCUGCAACAUCUGAGGCGAAUGAGGAUGUUGUAGUUGUCCAGCGAGGAGUGUGUUAAGAUUCAGAACUCCUGAGCCCCUUUGGAGGUCGAAAUGUACAAAUGCUAUACAGAAAUUUUGUUUGGGAAUUCUCCUAAUUAAAUUAAAACAAAAA